UCCCCUAGUGGGCGGGGUCAGAGCAGGGAGACGACGGAGCUGUCAAACACCGACAGUCGUUUGAAAUAUUAUCACAGGAGCGGAUAACAAAACCACAACACUUUAGCAAAGUAUAGACUAAUCAACGACAGGAGCAGACUUUGUGUUAGGUUUCAGAAUUCAGCUGCCGGGUAAAUUGACUUUUAAGCCGUCGUUGGGAGCAACUCGUUGUUAAGUGCGUGUUUUUUCAGGCUCUCAGGCUAAUGUGUGUUAGCUUUCGCUGUGCUCCAGUUUGGUUGACAAAACUAGCCCAUUCGCGCUAAUCGUUCAGCUAGCUGCGGUAUUUCAGCGUUAGCUUGUCAUUUUCUCAGAAAUAUCUCCGGGUGGAGGCAUGGAGUCCAACCCGGACUGUUCCUGGAAACUCCUUGAAGUACAACUAGCUCUUCAAAGAUUGUUGAGCAUAUGAAGAUCUUGUCCUUCUGGACCACUCAUGCACAAGCAGUGAGGAACUGGAUUGGCUGGUAACCCUUUAGGGAAUGAGAACAAGGACAUCCAAAAAAAAGGCCCAUAUUACCCUCACUGGUCUCACUGUCUUUUACAUCGCCAUGGACCGGAAUAAACGCAACUCUAUUGCUGGGUUCCCAAUAUGGCCGGAACGCCUACAGGAAGACGGGGCUGGAGGCCUAGGAAACUGUGAGAUGGGCCCGCCUUCACAGGUGGGCAGGGUGUGUCCGUCCUCCUACAGAGCCCUCAUCAGCGCCUUCUCCUGUCUGACACGUCUUGAUGACUUCACCUGUGAGUGGAUUGGCUCUGGGUUUUUCUCUGAUGUCUUCAAGGUACGUCAUCGAGCUUCAGACCAAGUUAUGGCUCUGAAGAUGAACAAACUCAGCAGCAACAGGGCAAACAUGCUGAGAGAGGUCCAGCUGAUGAAUCGACUCUGCCAUCCCAACAUACUCAGGUUUAAAGGGGUAUGCGUCCAUGAGGGUCAACUUCACGCUUUGACGGAGUACAUCAAUGGAGGAAACCUGGAGCAGCUUCUAGACAGCAACAAACACCUGAGUUGGCCCGCUAGGGUGAAACUAGCCUGUGAUACUGCCAGCGGUGUCGCCUACCUGCACUCCAAAGGCAUAUUCCACCGGGACCUCACCUCCAAGAACUGCUUAAUCAAAUGUGACGACAACGGCUACACAGCGGUGGUGGGAGAUUUCGGCCUGGCAGAGAAGAUCCCCACCAAACUGGCUGAGGGAGAGAAACUUGCAGUGGUUGGUUCUCCGUUCUGGAUGGCUCCUGAGGUGUUGAGAGAUGAGCCGUAUAAUGAGAAGGCUGAUGUUUUCUCCUACGGAAUAAUCCUUUGUGAAAUCAUUGCGAGGAUCCAGGCCGACCCUGACUUCCUGCCCCGCACCGAGAACUUCGGCCUGGACUAUCACACGUUCCAGCACAUGGUCGGAGACUGUCCGCCUGACUUCCUCCAGCUGGCCUUCAACUGCUGCAAUAUGGAUCCUAAACUCCGUCCGGCAUUCCCAGAUAUUGUUCGGCAGCUGGAGGACGUUCUCGCACGGCUCAAAGUUGUCGAGAUGGAGAACGAGUGCGUUCCACUGAGCGGGGACAAUGAAAAGAAAGCCACGCCCAAAGGUGAGAAAAUCCAGGGCUUCAAGCGAUUGAAUCCUCUUGGCUGCCAAAAUGAUAAAAUUCCUCCCAAGUCGCCUCGCCCCAGACGAAACGUAUUGCUCAGCCGCAGCCAGUCGGACAUCUUUUCCUGCAAGCCAGGGAGGAAUAUCAGCAUCCAGGACCCUUACUACGACCCGCCCACCUCUCAGAGGAACCUCAGAACUUGCAAAAUCAACCCGUUCACAGCCCGCGAGGAUCUCUGCGGGGGCAAGAUCAAGUUUUUCGACGUGCCAAGCAAGUCGGUCUUCUCGUUGGUAUUUGACCUGCACUCGCCUCCAGGAAGCGUGUUCAGCAACCAGCCGCCUGCUUACGGACCCGUAGGAUCCCAGCAGGAGACGUCCUUUUACUGGCAGCAGCUGCCAGGAAGGCAGUGCCACUCCUUACCUGUGUCCCCCCAGCUCCCUCGCUCCGAGAUGUUCCACCUCACGGAACCUGUUGGCUCCAUUAAUACUGGUUCUGUUACCUGUGCGUCCACUCAGCUCUCCGUCACGCUUCCAGCGACAAAUUCCAAGUCUGACGCGGUCCCGAUCCUGAACGACAUCCGACAGAAAGCGGUGCUGAGCGGCUGGGCGAGGAAGUACGUGGUGGUGCAGAUCCCGCCUUUCUGCAGGCAGGGGGGGGGGGCGGAAGACGAGGCUGGUGGGGACGUGGAAGCGAGGACGGAGGACACGAGCGAGGAGAGGUGGUCUCCGAUGCUCACCGGCAGUGAAACGGACAGCGCAGAGGCGAUGGAUUGCUCCGGCGCACGAGAGGCGGCGGAGGAGAGGCGGGAAAGCUGCCUGGUGUAACACGAGCUGAAGAUUUCAACAGGACUGGAGGACAUAAGAAGACUGGAAACAUGUAUUAUUAAAAUAAAGCGCUCAAUUUUCUCUACUCUGUCAUGUGAAUGUAUCACAUUUUGAAGAAAUAAACCACUUGAUCUAGAUAAAUAACUAUUUUUCAAAGCUAUGACCCAGUUAGCAGGCAUUUAUCUACAUGCUUUCUGUAAAGAUUAUAUUCUUAAACAAAGUUGUUUAAUAUUUAAUAUUUCGAGCUGUAGAUAUAUUUUUUUCCUCUAAGUCUGCCCUGUAUUUAGUUUGUUUUUGUUUUCAUGUGGGAUAUUGAUGAUCCCUUGAAUUGUGUGUGUGUGAAUUUAAAACUGUGUUUUGAUAUUUUCAGUGUUCGCUCUGAGACGAAUGCUUCUGCUAAUUUAAUGAAACAAACCUCUCAUGUUUCUGAGUAAGAAGGUCUUGCACUGAUGGUCCCUUGAAAUUAAAAGAAGAAAUUAACUCACAACAAAUGAUACAUGUUCCUAAAACAGGGAGGAGUGAAUUGUUUCAAUUUUAUAUAUUUUGUCAGUUGGUUUUUGAGCAUGUGAAUUCUCUUUUAUUGGAUUAUUGGUCUUUUCAUUUUUGUUUUCACUUCUUCUUUCCAGGUUGGUCACUCUUUUCUAUUCUCUCAAGGGUCAAAAGUCCCACAAUUCAUUGAAAAAAAUAAAUCAUUAAAUAUUUAUAUUUAUGUGAUAAAUUAGAUACAUUUUGAAAUAAAUUAACCUGUAAAUAUUUAAGUCUGUAAAUCAUUUACAAAAUAUGCAUUUAAAUAAAUAAAAGCAUAAAUAAUUAGUACAUUUGCAAGUUAAAAAUAUCAUAGUCAUAGUCAUACUGAUUUCAUUAUUGUUAGCUUUACCAAUCACAGUCGGUGGGCGGGGCUCAUAUUUCCAAAGCUAGGAUGAUUGGUCUGAGUUAACCAAUCACAUGUUUGGUUCAGUUUCACAGGUCAGAGGGCAAAUCUUUAUUUUUUUUAUCAUGGACUAUUGAACUGUAUGAAACAAAUACAGACAUAUAUUUUAAACAUGUAUUAGAAUAUGAUUAAAAUAAUUUAAAAUUUAAUUGUAUACUUAAUUUAUCUAUAUUUUUUUUUUAUUAUUACCUAUAUGAUUAAUUGAAUCAUUUAUUUAUGCAGUGUGGCAUUUUUGGUCCCCCCAUAGAUGUUUAAGCCAAAAUACAAUUUAUUAUAACCACAUUAAAACAGUGACUACAUGGUUGACCUUCUGACCUUUACAUAAAAAUCUAGCUUUUAAAUUACUCAGCAAUAUAUGCUACUUAUUUAAAAUACAGGCCUCAGUGGCCUUGGUUUCAAUUGAUAAAUUAUUAAAAUUUUAUCUAAACCUUUAAAUUAAAUAGUUUACCCUGAAAACGUCGACUCUCAACCUUGAAACAGUGUUAUAACACGUCGUCGCACAAACGUCAUUGAUUUUUACCAAGGAUAUAUUCAAACAUUUUGUUGUUGCGUGGGUUCUAGUUUAGAUAUAGCAGAUGAGAUAUUUCAAAAUCCUUCAAAUCACUCAUAAUCUUUACUCUUUAGAUUAGACCAUUGCUUAAAAAAGUAUAGGGUGUUUAAUUAUUUAUAAAAAACACAAGAAAACAGCACAAUCUGGUGGUGCUUUUCUCUAUUCAGCGAGCUGGGUGCUCUGGUUUCAGGUUUAUGAGGAGAAAUGAUGGCAGCAAAGACAUUUUCAGGGUAAAAUGUGGGAUGUUCUUGGAAAAUGUCUCCUUAUAAUGUAACUGCUAAUAUUUUCCUAGAACUCAACUGAAAGUAUAAAGCAGAUUUAGUGCAAGCAAUUUUUAUGUCUUUUGGUUCCUUGUUUUUGAGCAUUGAACAUUUCUUUGUGUUAAAUAAAAGCAGUUUUCAUUUUACAGACUAAAUUAUCUACAAAAUUCAUUAUUUUGGCCCAAAUCUGGUCUCUUUAACAGGAACUCAGAUGCACAGAACCUCUUUCGACCGUUUACCUAUGUGAGUUUGAUCGUAUGGUUCUUAAGGAUGGAGGAUCUGCUUUGAUAUUUAUGGAAACCUUUAAUGUCUUACUCUCUGUAUAUUUGUGUAAAACGGUGGUGUUACCUGAGACUUGCUGAAUACACUUUAAAUGUUUGUGUUUUUUCUGAUCAAAUAACAAAAGCUCCCCUGAA